CACAGACUCAACCGCGUAUCAAAUAGUCCAAUCAUCAACCCACGUUCGCGGCUCCUCCAUAAAUAAUCCAUCCAUCUCAGAAACUAUUCGUUAAAUCCAACCGCAGACAGACACUGAUCUCAUCAUGGCUUCAACAUCAUUUUCUCUUUCAAAUCAAAAAAUUCGCUCAACCAUUCUACCGCCGUGCACCGCCUCAUUCCGCCGCCCUCUUCGUAUCUCCGCAACUUGCGCCACCUCUCAGAGGACCUGUAGUUCGAAGAUCAGCACUGGCUGUGAUCCAAAACAGGGGUCUCUAUACGAAGUUUUGGGGAUUCAGAUUGGUGCUUCGUGUCGAGAAAUCAAAACUGCGUAUAGAAAAUUAGCCAGAUGUUUGCAUCCGGAUGUUGCAUCCAACAGUGGAGAUGAGUUUAUGAGAGUGCAUGCGGCUUAUGCGACUCUUUCUGACCCGGAGAAGCGUGCGAACUACGAUAUAGAACUUUUCCAUCGUAGACGGCUGACGGUGGUGUCGGCGAGGGGGUAUUCUAGCCGGAGCCGGAAUUGGGAAACUGACCAGUGCUGGUAACUCAAAUUGUGAGAUCACUAGCUCAAAAUGUAGACAGAAGCGGCAAUGGUGGAGGCUGGAGGAACUAACUCACAGGGUACAGUCCAUUCUACAGCUACUUCGUGUAGAGAUUCUGAAGAUUUGAGCAAUGCGUAGACGCUGAAAAAAGGCAUUAUUUUUUGUUCUUUCAAAAAACUUUUUAUUUCGCACCGCUACUGUUUUUGUGUGUAUAUAUAUAAAAGCUAGUGCUUUUUUUCCUCUUUCCAAACCUUUAAUUUCAAUUUUGUGCGGCGAAAGGACCUUGGUCGGUGUCGUCGGUCCAAAUGA